GGGGAGAUCAGAGUGUGGCUGUGCGUUCCAAGCCUCGUUCUGGGAGAAACGGCCAGCCUCGUUUAUUAGGAGUACGCGGAAGAUGACAGAAGUGUAAGAGGCGCGGAGAGGAUUCCCGGGGAAUUACAAACGGUCUGCAGCACCCAAGAUGAAAAGUCUUCCUGGAUGAGCAAGGACAGGGAUGGCCAGAGUCCCGGGAACAAACAAGGAAGACAAUGACCCCCCCACAGAGGUGGUGGACGAGUUCACCUUCCCUGGAAAUCAACAACUGCUGAAGGACAGCCAAGCCCAAGUGAAGAUUCUGUUCCCGGUGGUGUUUACAGUAUUACAGUCCUUGGAAAAUGUCGGCUACGACCACCAAGCGGGGCAGAAGGUGCCGGGGAGAAUAUGGGUGCAGCUUAAAGGCAACCAGGAGGCCGUGCACAAAGCUAAGGAAUACAUCACAGGGCUCAGCGACCCGGAAAUGGUCGCGAUGGAGACCUACCCGAAGGAGAUGCACUGCAUUUUUGUCGGAGCCCACAGGUUCUUCCUUCACGCGCUCAUCAGGGACAGUUGUGCCAGCAUCACCGUACUGGAAAUCGGAGUCCUGGCGCUCAAAGGGGGAACAGAACCGGUAGUGAUGACCCAGAGCAAAGUGCAGCAGUUUGUCAACAUUUUCAGAGGUAAUAUAAGCGUGGCCCCCAACAAAGAGCCAGAGGUGAAAAAAAAGUUUAAAGUUUUUGUUGAGGCUCACGCCGAUAAAUAUACGAUGGACUUGCUGCUGCUGCCCAGCGCGUUGAAGGAGGAGCUUCUGGUCCUGUUGGCGAACGACAACUAUUUGGUUGCACAGGAUGACUUUGAUCUCGAGAUAAGCGUUGUGAACGCUGGCGCUAACGAUCGGCAACCUGGUAGCCCAGAUGAGGCUAGAACUAAGACCCCCGUGACUGAGCUAAGCUGUCAGCUGGACUCUUUAUUUCCGGGCGUCCCUCAGUCAAACCAAUCCUGCUGCUCCACUCAACAAGAGCGAUUAAACAUAAAAAGGCGAGGCUCCGAGAAAGAAAACGAAUGCAGGAAGAAACAUUUUUCCUUGGAAAGCGUUCAAGCAGAUGGGUCAGUCAUCAGUAUAGAAGACGACUCCGACGUCCCAGUCAUCGAACUCGAUUCAACCAAUUCGGAGGACCCAGACCCAGACAUCAUACUGUUGGACACAGACCCCAUCAGCGCAGAAAAAGAACAUCGAAUCCUUGUUAAUUUUUUUAAGACUAUGGGAUAUCCCCAGGCGGUGGUUGAGAAGGUUAUCCAUGACCUCGGACAGUCAGAGGAGCCCCUGAAACUACUGGAGGAGAUAAUAAAACGCAACGACAGCCAACAGGUAGAAGGCAUCGAGAACGAUCCAACCACCAAAGAACAAUGCGUGCCCAAACCGGCAUCCGCAUCAAGAGCGGAAGUCGCCGUAGUCAAGGCGAAGGUCGCCCCCGCUUCUUCCAACGUACUCUUGCAGAAGCAGUCUGUGUGGAUGGCUAAGGAAGAGUCUAGAACUAAAAGGCUAGAGGCAGAAAGGACUUCAACCAAAAAUGUAGGCUUUGUAGCCAGAGGCACAUCAAGUCCUCCAAUGCCUAAGCGAACCCAAGCUUUCGAUGCCCCAGGACCUUCGAAUAUGCCCCCUGUCAGAAUUGUAAAGGAGUUACCGGUCAUGUCUAACCAUAAGGCUUAUAUGGCCAACCCCUGCAACAAUGAAUCUAGACCUACAGCACAUGAGAGGCAAGCAAAUCCUGAACCAUCCGUAACCGGAGUACAGAGAUUUCUGAAUACUAUUAAAACGCCGUAUAAACUAGAACUGAAAAAUGAAAUGGGGAGAGAAGACCUGAAGCACAUCAUCAUUGAUGGAAGUAAUGUAGCUAUGCGGCACGGUCUGCAGCGCUUCUUCAGCUGUCGAGGAAUUGCCAUAGCGGUGGAGUAUUUUUGGAAGAUCGGCCAUCGGAAGGUCACGGUCUUUGUUCCGCAAUGGAGGACAAAACGGGACCCCAGCAUCACAGAACAGCAUUUUCUACAAGAGCUAGAGGAACUGGGCAUCCUGUCUUUCACCCCUGCCAGGACUGUAUUGGGCUCUCGGAUUGCAUCCCACGAUGACAGAUUCCUCUUGCAUUUGGCCGAGAAAACGAGAGGAAUCAUUGUCACCAAUGACAACCUGCGGGAGUUUGUAGGGGAAUCCACAGCAUGGAUGCAGAUUAUCAAAGAAAGGAUAUUACAAUACACGUUUGUCGGUGACAUUUUCAUGCUUCCUGAUGAUCCACUGGGAAGGUUUGGACCGAAGCUGAAUGACUUUCUCACUGCAUGGCCCGAGCACAGGAACACGUCUGUGAACCUUCCCCCGGACAGCGGAGUGUUUUUUCCCAGCCAGGACUUCUCUCUCGCCAGAAACGCAGCCCAACACAUUCGUUUCCCUGCAAACUUAGUUCCUCCAAGGAUCAAUCCAGCGAUAGCGAACCUACCCGACCCCAGGCCCCCGAGGAGCAAUGACGAGACUUUAUCUCUAAUAGCUGAACUGUCGAAAAUAUUUCCUGAGAAAGAGCAAAUCGAGAAAAUCAACCAGGUUUUGCGCGCUCACCCUUAUAUGCGGGAUCUCAACGCUCUGUCCGCCAUGAUCCUUGAUUAAAAUUCUGUAUUUUAUCACCA